AUGGUUAGAACAAAGAAUACUGCUCGUAAGACUGUUGGAACUAAGGUACCAAGAAAGAUGAUUUCUCAAAAAACAGCUCCAAUGGAACCGGUAUCUGGUGGUAUUAAAAAGACACAUAGAUAUAGACCAGGAACUGUAGCUCUAAGAGAGAUUAGGAAGUACCAAAAGUCUUCAGAGUUACUUAUACGAAAACUACCAUUCCAAAGACUAGUUCGUGAAGUAGCCCAAGAAUUUAAAACUGACUUGAGAUUCCAAUCAUCUGCUAUUGCUGCACUACAAGAAGCAUCAGAAGCUUAUCUUGUUGGUUUAUUUGAAGAUACCAAUCUUUGCGCUAUCCAUGCCAAGCGUGUCACUAUAAUGCCAAAGGAUAUGCAAUUAGCCAGAAGAAUAAGAGGUGAACGUACCUAA